UCAGACAGCAAGGUCCCAUCUGUGGCUCAGAGUGGAGACUUCUCACGGAAGAUGUUUCAUGUGGAAUAUCCACAUAUGUUGUUUUCCUUGAAAACUGCAAUUAACGGUUAUUAAGUUCCUUUAUUUUCGUUAAAGACAACAUAUUUCGUUAAAGACAAGAAAUAAAAGCGGAUUUACCACGGACAUGGAUAACUACUAUGCGCUUUUUGGAACUGCAAAAUGGAAUAAUUUCACAACAGCAAAUUGCUGUCAGAGGAAUAGUAGUUUGUUGUGCGUCGUUAAAAGCAUUUAAAGGCAUUAAACAUAACAAACUAGCAGCUGUCGCUAUUUUCUUCGAAAUCAACUUUUUGGAAAAUAUUUUAUUUAUGGAGGCUCAUAAUGACCCAUUCCAACUCUACGAAUGCGCACUACGAUGGAUUUAACCGAAGCAUUGCUUUUAACUUGUCUGAACUUAGAAACACCAGCAACAAUACCUGCACUAGUCUCAUAUUGGAUUCCCAAACAAUCGGAAUCGGAGUGUGCCUUUCUGUUUUUAUUUUAUUUGCCAUAGUCGGGAAUGUUUUGGUUAUCCUAUCCGUGCUGUGCAAUAGACACUUGCAGACCGUUACAAACUUCUUCAUUACAAACUUGGCUAUAGCUGAUUUACUUCUAAGCAUCAUUGUUCUGCCAUUCUCUGCAUGUUUCGAAAUUCUAAAAUGCUGGGUUUUUGGCAGGUUUUUCUGCAACAUUUGGGCAGCAGUGGACGUAAUGUGUUGCACUGCCUCUAUCCUGAGCCUCUGCGUAAUAUCCAUUGACCGGUACAUUGGUGUCAAAUAUUCUUUGAAAUAUCCAACAAUAAUGACAGAGAAGAAAGCAGGGGUAAUCCUGGUGGUGGUCUGGAUGUCAGCUACGGUGAUCUCAAUAGGUCCACUUUUAGGAUGGAAGGAACCACCGCCAAUGGAUGAAAGUAUCUGCAGUAUCACUGAAGAACCGGGCUAUGCCAUCUUCUCCUCCUUAUUCUCUUUCUAUCUCCCGCUCAUGGUCAUUUUAGUAAUGUAUUUUAGGAUCUACAUUGUGGCCAAAAGGACGACUCGGAAUCUUGAAGCAGGUGUAAAGAAAGACAGGAACAAGUCCAGGGAAGUAGUACUUCGAAUUCACUGCAGAAGUGUUCUUGAAGACGCCGCUGCUAACGCCAAAAGUAAAGCCCAUCCUUUCAGAAGUUCUCUGUCUAUUCGCUUGAUGAAGUUCUCAAGAGAAAAGAGAGCCGCUAAAACCCUGGGUAUUGUUGUUGGGGCUUUCAUCCUCUGCUGGCUACCAUUCUUCUUGGUUUUACCUAUAGGGUCCUUCUUUCCAACGCUGAAACCCUCAGAUAUAGUCUGCAAAGUAGUCUUUUGGCUGGGCUACUUCAACAGCUGCCUAAACCCCAUCAUCUACGCGUGCAACAGCAAGGAGUUCAAGCGCGCCUUCACCCGCCUACUGAAGUGCCAGUGUCGCCGCAGCAGGAAUACCCACUGGAGGUUCUACAAGCAGAGGCUCAGGACCUCCCUGAGUGGAUCCGGGGAGGAGUCUUUCGGCAGCCGCAAGCCCCAGUGCUCGUUCCACGAGUCGCUGUCCUUCACCGACUCUCUACUCUGCAAGGAGAAAACCCGCGCCUUCCAGGGCUGGAGCUUCUUCUCCCCACUCCAGACGCCAUCUUCCCAGCUGAAGAAGAAGAUGAACAGCCUCUCCAACAAGAUCAAGAGGGGGCCGAGCAGAAGGUCCGGCCCCACGCUGGGGAAAGCAGAAGUGAUCUCCGUCUCCAUGGGGAUCUGCGCCCACCAUUGCAGCUAUGAACAAUACAACAUUGCAGACUAUGAUGGUCUUAAAGAGACUGACAUUUAGAACAACGGAAAAUUCCAGCUUAGACUCUCGUGGUAAGUGUAAGGCAUUUGUGCAGAUGAGUACAGUAUUGAAUUGGUUUCAAAAAGUUUAUUUUUGGGCAUUUUAUAUUGUAGUGUCUUGCAGGUGUUGACCUGGUAAUUAAUGUAGUAAUUAAUGUUUGCACACAUAUUUUGCCCAAAAGAACAUGGUAAAUAUGAUACUAUCUGAAUUUUGAAAAAGUUGUAAAAACUGAUAUUGUCACUGUAGGCUCAAGAAGGGGGCAGAGGGUUGUGCAGACCAGUGGAAAAAUGUAUUUCCCCGUAACUUGAAUAUUUUGAAAAUGGAACUUACCAGCAAAAAUAGAACAUGUUUUUAUGCUGUCACAGUGUUUUAUGUUUUUACUGAGCUCCCUGUUAUGACAAAAGUGCAGUGCGGGUCUCUCUGUUCAGGGUAUGAUGAAAUUUAUCAAAUGUUCUGAAAUAAAUUUAGCUUGGAGCAUUUCACAUGUUUGAUUUAAACCAUGUUCUAUAUUCGUAAAUAAAAAAAAGAAGGGAAAAAAGAAAAGCUUUUCCAUUCCGCUUUCUUUUGUUAGUCUCCAUUUCUGAGAGCUCUCCACCUGCUGACCUGUGUCACUGCCCUAGAGGACUGCGCUUCCUGUUCAGACAGACCACUUCCUGUUCAGACAGGCCACUUCCUGUUCAGACAGGCCACUUCCUGUUCAGACAGGCCGCUUGCCUCCCAUUAACAAGCAGAGUUGUUUGCACUGUGAGACACAGAAUUCCCAUCCCACUUUAACACUCCCUUCCUGGGUGACACUAUCGGAAUUCAUGUGUCACUCUGUGGGAAUCCUGUCCACAGAUGCCACUGGGACUGUCAGUACCAUGGGACUUUGAGUUUAAGCAAAUGUUAUCCUUUUUCAUGCAUAUGCAAUACUGCAAAAUGGGCUAUUGCUGAGUGUAUUCAAAUGUAUGCAUUGUUUUCAUAUACUGAAAUGAAAUUUCACAUUUUUUGGGGGGACAUGGAAAUAGCUAAUUACAUUUUUGCAGGAAGGACUUGAAGAAUAUUGAUUGACAGAUUGCUCAUAUUCUGGGGUGAAUUCUGUUUGUUGAAUUAUGCUACUGGUUCCUGAUUACAGUAUGACCUUGUGCUCAGUUAUUGUAGUCUUCUUACAUUGAGUGGUUAUCCCCCAGACACUUCAUUAGUGAGAGCCUUGGAGCCCUCCCUCUCCUUUCGCCGUGUAAACACUUAUAAAGAAAAAACAGUAUUGAAUGUCCCCACAUACACGCAUUACUGAAAUUUUCCAAAUGCCAGUGGCAUAUGGUUUGUCUCUUAUUUUUCUUCAAUCCCGUGAUAACGCUUGAUUUUAACCUGAGAUGACUGUCUUUUAUUGAGGCCAUGUUUGUUUUAGUUAUUAUGAAUGCAAAAGCAAGAAGAAGCCCUUUUUUGGUAUAAAGUGUAAACAUUCACCAGCCUCAGGGCAGACCAGGUCCAAACAGUGGAUGUGUUCGUGCCAAGAGAAAGUCUCCUUGGGACUGACAUUGAAUGAGUAGCUACUGGAUUGGCUCUGUGGACCUUCUCCCAAGGGACACUCUGUGUAGUAUUUUAUUUUAUUUUUUAUAUACAGUUUUCUGGCUGCAUAAAGGUGCAUAAAGGUUCACCUGCCCUUACUCUUAUCUUUAGUUAACUUUUUUACAUUUUGGAAGCAAGAUGCAAGCAGGUAUUGUAAUGUCUUUUCUUAGUAUGCAUAAACACAAACAUACACACACACAUAAACACAAUUACAUGUGGUCAUGCUUGCAGAUACUGAUUUUUUGCCCAUUGGUCAGAAUCAGGCAUGUACUUUCCCACAGUGUACUGUUCUUCUAAGCUUUAGCAUAAAUAUUAUUCAGUCUUGUUGAUUGUUGGAAAAUGACACGACUGGAAAAAGACAAAACCAUAACAAAAGCUUUUGUGUCAAUGAUAUAGGACAAUGCCUUAGAUCCUACUAAUCAUUACGAUCACAACUCAAAAAUACUGUCCAAAUAUAACAAGAGAAAUAUUUCUGGACAAUGCUCUUAAAUAAUAGCACACAAUUAGUUGUAUAGUAGUGAAGGUGCUAAAAUGUAUAAAAAAUAUAUUUAUGUUUGUAAUUAAAUGAAAAGCUUUAUUCUUUUGUGCAAUUCAUAUAAUUGUCUCCUUUCUACAUGUUUACAAAAUGUUUCUGUAAAUAUAUGUAUAUAUGUAUUCAAAAUGACCAGUGAAUAUUGGGUUGUGUUGUGUGAUGUAUGUAAUUUUUUCGACUCAUAUUUUGUUCAUGGUUCAUACAAACAUGCAAAGGUCUGAUAACUGUAGUGUCAUUACACAUUGUAGCUUCAUUGUAAGAUAUAUGUAUUCUGUCAUAAAUGAAUCAGAAAUAAACAUAACAAUUUGA